AAAAUGGAAGUAAAAGCAUGGCAAGCGAUCAUGAAAGUAACGAGUCAUUGCCGCUGGGGUUUGUUGGUGGGACCCGUUUGUACCAAAACGACCCAGCGUUAUCUGUGUACAAGUGGGGUCUUAUGAAAGGAAUGUGCACCGACAAAGUAGUUGAAAUAAUACUAAAGGAAAGUGUGAAUCGCGAUCUGGUCGCCACACGGGUUCCAACAAACGUGGAAAAUAACACAGUUUUUAUCAUAGACACAACAAAACUGUCCGAUGAAGAUGAUAUUAAGUGCGACGAUCUUGGGGCUUGGCUAUGUACGGGAUCAAAGAAAUUUGUGUAAACAUUAGAUGCGACAGGUAGCAUUGGCAAAGAAGAUGAAGUGGUCCAGGAAAGAUCGAGUGAUGAAGACGUGAGAGUUUACAACGUUCAAUGCCAAUUUUACAGCAACAAGAGCAUGCCAUCCCUAAAGAAAACAAUCAUAACUGCUCGUGAUGCAGUUUCAACAGUCUCGAGCGAUCUUGCGUUUAUACAGUACGUUUUCACAGAUGGUGAGCAAGAAGUGGUCGUAAAAUGUCAUGGGAAUUCCAAAAAGCAAAGAUGCAGUGCAUACAAAAGAACAAUGCCAAGCACUAUGAACAUGAUAAAGCAUACGCUGACCAAAUUACCUGCGCGUGAGACCGUGCACAAAAUCAUCAACGAAAAAGGAGGCAUCAUGAAGAUUGAGUCAUCCGGAGAAUUACCUUGA